GCGGCGUGUGGAAGACGGUGAAGCCCUUCGUGAACGGCGGCGCCUCCGGCAUGCUCGCCACCUGCGUCAUCCAGCCCAUCGACAUGGUCAAGGUGAAGAUCCAGUUGGGCGAGGGCUCUGCAACUAGUGUCACCAAGAAGAUGCUUGCUAAUGAGGGAGUUGGUUCCUUUUACAAGGGAUUGUCUGCUGGUUUGCUAAGGCAAGCAACAUACACAACCGCUCGACUGGGAUCCUUCAGGGUUCUAACAAAUAAAGCAGUUGAAGCAAACGAAGGAAAACCACUGCCCCUAGUUCAGAAAGCUGCUAUUGGUCUCACUGCUGGAGCGAUUGGAGCUUGUUUUGGUAGUCCUGCGGAUUUGGCACUCAUCAGGAUGCAGGCUGAUUCAACCUUGCCAGCAGCCCAGCGCCGCCACUAUAAGAACGCUUUUCAUGCACUUUACCGUAUUAUUGCUGAUGAAGGUGUUCUGGCACUUUGGAAGGGCGCAGGUCCAACUGUAGCGAGAGCGAUGUCACUCAACAUGGGCAUGCUUGCCUCCUAUGAUCAGAGUGUUGAGGUACUUAGAGACAAACUUGGUGCUGGAGAACUUUCUACAAUGCUUGGGGCCAGUGCCAUUUCAGGAUUCUUUGCAUCUGCUUGCAGUUUGCCCUUCGACUAUGUUAAGACACAGGUUCAGAAGAUGCAACCUGAUGCUACUGGAAAGUAUCCAUACACUGGGUCUUUUGACUGUGCAAUGAAAACCUUGAAGAGUGGCGGUCCGUUUAAGUUCUACACUGGCUUUCCGGUCUAUUGCGUCAGGAUUGCUCCACAUGUCAUGAUGACAUGGAUAUUCUUGAAUCAGAUCCAGAAGGUCGAGAAGCGCGUCGGCCUUUAAAGUGUCGUGCUAUGCUAUCCUCACCUACAAAUUAUAAUAGUGUAGCUGCUUUGUACCUAUAAACCAGCAGUUGGUUCUGAUAUACAAAAUCUGUACUUAUUUCCUUGGCAUAUAUGCUACCAUGCUUCUUUGUUCCUUUCAGACCAAAUAAUCAUAUAAUUUCUGGGUAA